AUGUCGCCAUUCUUCAAACCGUCUGCUCUGCUGUUGUUGGCAGUAUGGGUAGGACGUGUCGUAGCCGACUUCGAACUUUACAAACUCUACAAUGAAGAUUCCUUGAUUGCGGGGCUCGCUCUAAGCAGCAGCUGUCUGGCAGCAUUGAACGCAACUGUCCGUUGUAAUGAAACCGCGGUCAGCCUAUUGGGAAGCGGCGCAGAUAUUCACUGCGAGGGCUCUCCCAGUUACCUUCACUUACAAUGCCGAGCUUGUAUGUCUGCAGGACAGUGCUUCCAACUGGUGUUUCAUCGAGUCACAGACUUGGCAAGGAAGUGACUACAUUCGCUAUAGUCCAGAGAUGUGCUUCACUGAUGGAGACGACAACAGCACUGUGGCACCGGAGUGCGAAGAUCCGGGCUUUGACUUGGGGACCGUGACUAGCGACAUGGCAGCCUUGACCAACAUAUACAAGAAGGAUCUGCAAUUUGAUGAUGUGCAACAAAACUGCUCUACGACAUUGGCGUACACUACCUCAGCGUCGACCCUGUACGUAGGUACACCAACGGCGACCACGACCUCUGGCGGCACGGCGACGGGAACCAGUCCACCUACAACGGCGACUUGCCUAGGCCAGACGAUAGAGCCGGAGUCGGAUUGGCUAACUUGCGAUGAUCUAUCUGACACAUAUAAUGUUUCGACAGGUGACGCUCGGGUGGUCACUGGUGAUCGCACUUGCUACUUUGACAAGGCUCUCUGUUUUCCCCUGCCCUGUGAGAUCGACACGGUCUGGGACUGGUCAAGUUGCGAUGAGCUUGCCGCUCAGUACUCAAACUCGACGUACAACGUCACCACCAGUCAGUUCCUCAGUUGGAACACCAACAUUCAAGGCAGCUGCUCUGGAGUUGCCCCCGGUCAGCGUGUAUGCAAAGGCGCACCAGGCGGUACAUUCCCCAAGCCUAAUGUCACCAUCACCGCCCCUGGUGCGACAGGCUCGCCAACAUACUACUCCACAGCCACGCCCGCCUACCCAACCCAAAGCGGUACCAUCGACGCGUGCGGGAACUACUACCUCGUCGUAGCCGGCGAUGACUGCUCAACAGUAGACCAGCGCUUCGGUCUAAAGUUUGAACAGCUUCAGGAGUAUAACCCGUACCUCCAAGACGACUGCCUCAACCUGUGGCUCAACUACGCAGUCUGCGUCGCUCCCGUGACGGCCCCAAGCAAGUCAACGGACGGCACAUGCCCGGUCGGCGUGACAUGCACCGGAAGCGGCUUCGGCGACUGCUGCUCGCCGUACGGCUUCUGCGGGAGCACGAGUGAGUAUUGCAACACUGGCGGCAACAGCACGGACACUCCGGACGGCAGCUGUGGGCCGGAUCACAACGGCUAUACCUGUGUUACCCCUUUUGGAAGUUGCUGUAGUAUCUAUGGCUACUGCGGUGACGGCUCCGAUUACUGCGGCGCCGGGAACUGCUACUCGGGCGCCUGUGACCCGGAUAUUGGUGGUCCCUCGAUCAAUGGGGAGUGCGGACCGUUGUUCGCGGGCAAUAAGACGUGUACUGGCACCACUUUCGGAACGUGUUGCUCUACUUCUGGCUUCUGUGGGAGCACCAGCGACUAUUGCUCAGGAUCGAACUGUUACAGUGGUGUCUGCACAACUUGA